UUAAUUGUAUAAAUGGGGAACUUUUGACGAAGGAAAGCAUUUCACUUUCCGAAAGUAAACGAUUCAAAGUUGGCAAAAUGAAGUGGCUCAUAUUUGCUUUUGUUUUGUUUAACUUAUAUCUUAUUAUUGAUUGUGCGCCCAAGAAAUCGGACCAUAAAAAUGAUAAAAAAAAUGCGCAAAAGUCCAAGAAUAAAAAUAAAAAAAGUGGUCACAACAUGGAAACUCAAACACUAAUUAUCAAACCUCUCAAUAAAGCUGAGGAACUUCCGCCAAACUCUUAUCCUGUGAUAGAUCCCUAUGAUAGUGAGAAAUUUGCGAUAUCUCUAUGUUCAGGCUAUUCAGUAGAAACUGAAAAAAUUGAAAAAGAAUUAAGAUUUGGUACCUUCAACGGUGGAAGCAUAUCAUUAAAAGAUGUGUCAGACAAAACUGAAGCGUACGAAAAGUUCAAAAAAAGCUUAAAUCGAAGCAUCACCGUAAUUUCGGGUGGCAUGGGUUCAAAUUCUUAUGAAUUUGCAUCCAAUAUGAAAGACCGAGUUCGAUCAAGUGAUACAAUUAUCUAUGUAAACUGGGACACACUUAAUGGUAACCACGAUAGUAUAUUGAAUCUGCUGACAAGCUACGGAACAUAUGCACAUAAUGCUCCGAAGGUUGGAGAGAAGACGGGCAUUUUGAUGGAAGCAUUGGCAAAGGAUGGUGCAAUCGAUGUGUCGACAUUGAUUGGCAUCGGACAUAGUUUGGGGGCGCACGUUAUUGGGAACAUGGGCCAUUAUUUGGCUGAAAAUGUUAAGAAAAUUGAACAUAUAAUUGCUUUAGAUGCGGCAAAACCAUGCUUCGAAAAUUGGGAUCAACUUCAGCCCAUUUCAAAAAAGGAUGCCAAAAUACUGCAAGUGAUUCACACCAAUGUUCGAAGAUUUGGAUAUGCGAGAAAGAUAGGCCACAUUGAUAUAUACCCAAACGAUGGAACCGAUCAACCAAAUUGCGGCAGUAUACCGAUCAAAAAGGAUAUAUGUAACCAUAGUUAUGCGCAUCAAUUGUUUUUGAAGAAAGCCGUCUCAGCAUAUCGAUCCAAAAGCUGGAAAGAAUUCAUACAAAAAAAGCAUGACCACGAAAUAAAUAUUGGCCUAGAUUUAAAAUGGAACAUUUUAAAUGCAGGGCAUUUACAAAAUAAUCAAUCAUAUUAUUUGGAAUCGCCAAAGAUUUAGGUUGUUUGAUAGAAAUACGAAUUAAAACAAUUGACACCUGAAACCUUUUAUUUUAAAAUAUAUCAUUUUGAUAAACGAACAUAUCUCGAAUUUUUCGAGUAAAUCGA